AUGGAAGUUUCCGGCACCGGCGCCCACGUCCUGGUAUUCCCAUACCCUGCACAGGGACACAUGCUUGCUCUCCUUGAUCUCACCCACCAAUUAGCCACCCGAGGUUUAUCCAUCACCAUACUCGUCACUCCCAAAAACCUCUCACAGUUAACCACUCUUCUCUCCGCCCAUCCAACCACCAUAAAAAGCCUCGUCCUACCCUUCCCAUCCCACCCUUCCAUUCCUCCCGGCGUCGAGAAUGCGUCAGGUCUUCCUUUUUCUGCCUUCAACGACAUGAUGGUCGCCCUAGGUGAUCUCUACAACCCCGUACAUGAAUGGUUCCGCAACCACCCUACUCCGCCAGUAGCCAUCAUCUCCGAUUUGUUUUUGGGGUGGACGCACAACCUCGCGUCCCAGCUCGGAAUCCACCGUUACGUAUUUUCUCCCACCGGUGCUUUGGGUUUGUCUGUGAUCAACUCCCUGUGGCGUUACCUCCCCAAAAGAGAUGACCCAACAAACGUCAACGCUCUGAUUUCAUUUCCAAACAUCCCCAAUUGCCCAACCUUCCCAUGGUGGCAGGUGUCCCCGGUGUACCGGAGCUAUGUAGAAGGAGAUCCAACUACGGAGUUCGUCAAAGAUGGGUUACGUGCCAAUAUGGCGAGUUGGGGAGUCAUUAUCAACUCGUUUAGGGAGUUGGAUCGGGUAUACUUCGAUCACAUAAAGGCGGAAUCUGGCCAUGAUCGAGUGUUCGCCGUUGGACCUUUGCUUCCUUCUAGCAAGAAUACUACCGAAAGAGGUGGUCCCAGUUCCAGCUCUAGCGACUUACUUUCAUGGCUCGACACAUGUGCUGCUCACACGGUGGUGUUCGUAAGUUUCGGAAGUCAAUUUGUGUUGAACAACAAGCAGAUGGAGGAGAUAGCAGUCGGGUUAGAGAGAAGCGGCGUCAAGUUCGUAUGGGCAGUGAAGGAACCCACCGGAGGACAUGCUGCCGGAGCAUACGGGAAGAUCCCAGCCGGAUUCGAAGAUCGGGUGGCCGGCAGAGGGGUUGUUGUUAGAGGUUGGGUCCCGCAGGUGGCGAUACUCAAUCAUGGAGCGGUGGUUGCAUUAUUGACUCAUUGUGGUUGGAAUUCAAUCAUGGAAGCGUUGAUGGCCGGAGUUUUAAUGCUGACAUGGCCGAUGAGCGCUGAUAACUUCUCCAAUGCGAUGUUGUUGCACCAGAUGAAAGUCGGUCUCAAAGCAUAUGAGGGAGCUGAUACCGUUCCUGAUUCAGGUGAGUUGGCACGGCUGUUUAGGAAAUCGGUGAGUGAGGAAACAAGAGUGGAAAGAAAGCGAGUGACAGAGUUCGCCAUAGCCGCCAAGGAAGCUGUCGGAGAAGGUGGAAGUUCGUCGAAAGAUUUGGACCAACUAGUCCUCAACUUGUCCCAUAAAUGA